AUGGACUGGCACAUUUAUCUCGACGCAAACGAUAAUACCGGAAUCCGCAUCGACUCGGACAAAUUGGAAAUCGAAAUGCAUGAGGUCCUCGUCGUUGUAUAUCUAAUCCAAGAGGAGGUGAUCAAGAUUAAACAGGAGCCUAACAAGGGCAAGAAAGUGAAGAACAAGAACCCUGUACAGGAUAUACUCAAGAUUGGAGACUGGACUGGGGGCGACGUUGUCCUGCCACUUCCUAUGGCCUAG